GCUCCGGAUGAUUCCUGUCACGGUGAAAUUAUUAAAUGUAUAAUGACAUUCAAACCAGGGGUUUUUAUUUCUAAAUUGAUUUCUGAUAUUAUUUUUAAAACAACUUGUGCAUUAUGUUACACUUUUUAAAAAUCUCGUUACAAAACUAACUAUCAUACUUUGAUGAAAUAAACGUAAAGAGAAUGGCUCGGGCGAAGCAUAGAGUUAACACGGAUAUAUGCGCUGACUGUGGAGCACUCGAACCAGGAUGGGCUUCAUUGAACAGAGCAAUUUUAUUAUGUGAUGAUUGUUGUGGUAUUCAUCGUAGCCUUGGCCGCCACAUAUCUCAAGUAAAAUCACUUCAUGAAAGCAUUUGGCAUACAAAUCUCCUUAAUAUGGUGCAUACCUUAAAUGAUAAUGGAGCAAACAGUAUUUGGGAACAUUCCCUUUUAGAUCCUAGUAAUUCAAAAAUUAGUAGAAGAAAACCACAAGCUAAAGAUCCAUUACAUCCAAUAAAAGCUGAUUUUAUUAAAGCAAAGCAUCAACAUUUGGCAUUCAUAUUACAUCCAAGCAAAGAAGAAUGUUGCAGUGAAGAAGAAUUAAGUAGACAGUUACAUAGUAGUGUUCGCACAAGUAAUUUAGAAACUUCUUUAAGAUUGCUUGCACAAGGUGCUAAUCCAAGUUACCUUUACAAGGAAAAGGGUACAACACCUUUGCAUGUCGCUGCUAGAGCAGGUCAAGCUUUGCAGUUAGAGCUUUUAAUAGCUAAUGGUGGAAAUCCUAGUAUGAUUGAUUCAAAUGGACAGACACCUGCUGAAAUUGCCAAAAUGGCAGGACAUAUAGAUUUAUUUGAUCGUAUAAUUGAAUGCUUAUAUGAAGUAACAGAUAGACUAACAUAUUUCAUAUGUUCACGCAAGCCAAAUCAUAGACUGGAUGAACACAUAAUUAUUCCUGAAUGUACACUAUUAUUGGAACAAAGUGAUCUGUGUUUAGAAGGAAGAAAUAAAUUACAAAUGUUAUCAAAUCAUUUGUUGGAAGAAUUAGCAAUGGAUGUUUAUGAUGAGGUUGAUCGGCGAGAAAACGAAGAAAUUUGGUUUGCAACUGUAUCCUUACCUCAAAAAUGUACAGUGCCUUUUCUACCAGUCAAUCCACAAUUAUCGUCAACAAGAAAUCAAGGUAGACAAAAACUUGCAAGGUUUACACCAAAGGAAUUUGCUACACUUAUUAUAGAUGUUCUCAUAGAGGCUCGCAGAAGACAUAUGCUUGCAAAUAAUGCUCCAUUGCAAGUAUUUUUAGAUCCAGCUGUUUCUAUACUUCGUAAGGAACAACAUGGUAAAUAUGGAUCACAAAUGUCUGACGAUGAACCAUUGUAUGAUAGCGUUGCAUCUGAUGACGAUUACGCAUUAACAUCGACGGAUAAUAUAACGCCUGAGUAUUCAACACAGUUUCAAAUGGAUAACGAGGAAGCCUUUGCACCAUUAGCCAAGGGGCUUCCAUCUGUCGUAGAAGUUUUGAAAAAACAAUUAACUCUCUCUGAAUCUACUAUCAGGGAUCUCCAUGAGCAGAUACGUACUUUGCAGAGUACUAUAGAACAACUGACACAUGAAAAUAAUGAACUAAAACAAAUGAUUCAUGUAAAAAGAUCUGUUGAUGGGGUUAUUAAUGGUCACGUUAGUGGAGAACAAGAACCAGAAUUAGAACCAGUGCUUGAUAUAAAAACAUCUCUUACUAGAAGCAAUCAACGACCUGCAUCUAUGUAUGAAACAAGAGAAGGUCUACGAAAACCUGGUUCAUGGUCAACAUCAAUUUGUCAGUCGAAACGAGAUUCAGAAACGAUGUCUCGCAGCAAUACACAAAGCUUGUGGGAGUGUGGUUCUCCUAGUCUACCUCCGAGCGAGGAAGUUACUCGAAGGACUGAACAAGUUACAAGAAGAAUUCAGGAAUUAUGGAUGGCCAUGCAAGAUCCAAAACAACGGGAAGCUUUUGUACCUUGUGCAGAAAGAAUUCGUGUUGCCGUUGCUGAACUCACCGCUAUAUUUCCCCAAAAUCCAAUUGAGGAAAAUAUCAGAUCUGCUCUGCGACAACUAAAUGGUAAUACAGGUAGACUUCAAGCAGAAUGUUCUGGUCUUCAAAGAUGUACUAGCGAUAUGGAACAUAUGGAUCGAUGCCUUCAACAAGUACGUUCAUGUGCUUAUGAUAUUGCCAAAGCAACAAAGCUUCUUGUUACCCAAUUUCAGUCGUAACAGAUCAAAGGCAAAGUAUUACAAAUUAAAUAAUUUUUCCAUAUUUGAUGUAUAUAAGUUGUA